CACAGCUUCCACCUUCCACGCCUUCAUCUCCUUCCUGGCACUCCAAGAUUCUCAGGUUCUUCAUUUCUUCUCCUACAUUUUCCUCAAAUCACAUUCAUUUCUCUGUGACCCAUCUUCGAACAUCAAAGAAACACUUAACCCAAAAUGACAAUUUCGUUUUCUAAUCACCUCUUCACUCGCACCCCUCUCUUCUUCAAGAAUCUUGAGCCCACCACAGAUUACAAACCCACCAUACUCAAAUUCAAAACCCAUGUAUUUAGGGACCAAAACCCCGCCGUGAAUCCCCGGAGUGUUAACCUUUCUACCGAAAACAUAAACACCCUAAUGCAGAUAGAUGAUGAUUGCAAAGAACCCAAUUUUACUAGGAUGAAUCAUGACGAAAGUUUGCAUCUUCUUGAAUGUAUGGUAAAGACUGGGUACAAACCAGAUGUGGUUCUUUGUACAAAGCUCAUAAUGCAGCUUUUCAGGGCAAAAAAGGGGGAAAAAGCAGUAAGAGUGAUGCAGAUUCUGGAGCAAUUUGGUGAGCCAAAUGAGAUUACAUACACUGCUUUGAUUAGUGGGUUCUGCAAAAUGAAUAGGGUUGAUGAAGCUAACAGGGUGUUGAGUAGGAUGAGAACCCGAGGUUUCGCCCCCGAUGUUGUUACAUAUACUAUAAUCAUAAGGACAUUGUGUGAUAGGGGAAAGCUAGAAUUAGGUUUGAAGGUUUUGGAUGAGAUGAAGGAAGAUGACAAUUGUGAGCCUGAUGUUGUGACAUACACAAUCUUGAUGGAGGCUGCCCUCGUUAAAGGGUGCAUUAGCGAGGCGAUGGAGCUUCUAAACGACAUGUUUGCUAGAGGGCUCGAACCGAAUAUUUAUACUUAUAAUGUAAUCCUUAAGGUAUUGUGUAGACAAGGCAUGAUGGAUCAAGCUUAUGAGUUGAUUAGGAGUUUGCCAGCUAGGGGGUGCAAACCGGUUGUGAUUUCGUAUAAUAUUUUGUUGAGGUCAUUGUUGGAGAGGGGGAAUUGGGACGAGAGGGAGAAGGUACUAAAAGAGAUGUUGUCCACGGGGUGUGAUCCGAAUGUGGUAACCUAUAGCAUCUUCAUGAUGUCAUUGUGCCGAGAUGGGAAACUAAACGAGGCAAUCGCCCUGUUGAAGAUUAUGAUGGAGAAGGGGUUAACGCCCAAUAAGUUUACCUAUAAUCCAUUGAUUUCCGCUGUCUGCAAGGAGGGAAGACUAGAUUUGGCCAUCGAUCUCUUGGAUGACUUGAUCUCGAAUGGUUGCUCACUGAAUAUAGUCAACUUCAUCAAUAUCCUUUGUACAAUGUGUAAAAAUGGAGACGCUGAUCUUGCUAUUGACAUCUUCGAGAGCCUCUGUGGAACGGGUUGUUCUCUAAAUGUAUGUCACUAUAACUCGAUGAUAAUUGCUCUAUGGAAAGGCGGGGAAAGAACAAAGGCUUUGAAUUUGGCUUGUGAUAUGAUAGACAAAGGGAUUGAUCCCGACAGGGCUACAUAUAGCGCGCUUAUAUCUGGUUUAAGCAAAUGCGCGAUGGUGGAUGAGGCUAUGGCGUUGUUAGAAGUUAUGGAAAGUUGCGGUUUUCCACCCACAGUUAACAUCUACAACGGUGUUUUGCUCGGGUUGUGCAAAUCUCAUAGAUUAGAUGAGGCGAUUGGUAUCCUAGAAGAGAUGACUGGAAAGGGGUGCCAGCCAAAUGAGAAUACUUACAGUGUUCUACUUAAUGGCAUUGGUUUUCAUGGAUGGAGAUAUGAGGCAAUCUUUCUGGCAAACACACUUUGCCAAAUGAAUGUUUUUUCAAAGAAGGCACUACUUGGUUUCCAAAAGACUUUUCCCAUUCAUGCUUCUUGACAAUAACCUUGUUUUCUGUAAAGAUCCAAUGAAAGAGGACAUGUUUUGUUCUUUUAAUUUUUGUUGUGGUGGUUGGAGAUUUGUGGUUGUAGCUGCUACCUGAAUGUGCGCUUUGAGUGAAGAAUGCCUUGUGAGGGUUUUAUUGUGGUCGGAGAUGUGUGAUUGCAGCGGCUACCGAAGGUGCAUUGUGGAUGAAGAACGGAUUACGAGGAAUUGUACUUGGAACCUUGUCGUUAUCAUACCAACUGUUCAACGAAGAAUUGCAAUUUCUAGGGUCCCUAGGAAUUGCAAUUUCACACUUUAUGUAAUUGUAAUUUUAUGAUAAAUUACCAUUUUAUCCUUCAUAUGA